AUGAAGGAAAUAUUUAUUAUCAAUGAUCAGUUUACGUCCGAGUUUAGCUUCGGCUCAAUUUGCCUCAUUUUCGCCAUCGUAUCUUUCGGGGUCAUUGCCAACAUCAUCAAUCUUAUCAUCUUUGUCAAACUCGGAUUCAAAGAUACCGUCAACAUCAGCCUGGUCGCCUUGACCAUCUGUGACCUCUGUUCGCUCCUUCCGCUCAUCAGUUUAGGAGUUUUAACACAGCCCAGGCUCCUGUCCCCGGAUGUGACCUUUGUGGGCGGGGAAAUUCAGUUUCUCGCGUCGGGCUGGCCCCACACGAUUCUCUCCAAACUAACCAGCUGGAUCACGGCGUUCAUCAUGGUGGAGAGAUGCCUGUGUAUAGCCAAGCCUUUAAAGGUGAAAACCUUGGUGACUCCUUUUCGGGUCAAGUUCUGUCUUGUUCUUCUAAGCGUCAUUGUCGUCUCCGGGGCUCUGCCAACGUACGCCACGCACUAUUUCGAUUGGAAGUUUUACCCCAUGCUAAACAGAACGCUCCUGGGACUCGUCUUGACAGACAACGCCCUGGAAGUGACGCGAGUAUCAAACGUCCUGAGCAACUCCGUGUCUGCUCUGCUGUCUUUCACCAUCACUGCUUCGUGCACUUUGCUGAUAGUUGUGCAGCUGAACAGAAAGUCAAAAUGGCGACAAUCAGUGGCGGCCUCAAGGAAACGCGAGACAUUUCCGUCUUCUAGCAAGGAGAACAAAGCCGCCAAGUUAGUCAUCACACUGUCGGCAGUGUUCCUGAUCAGCGUCCUCCCUUCUAUUAUGGUCGUAAUAGGAAGUGCUAUAGACGAUAAUUUCGGACUCCUUGGGCUCUAUAGAAAUUUAUUCAAUAUCUGCUACUGUGUAACUUUCAUCAUGGAAGCACUGAAUUCCAGCGUAAAUAUCAUUGUCUAUUAUUUCAUGAACAGUCGUUUCAGGGAAACAUUUCGACAUUUGAUUCGGACUGUGUAA